AUGAUUCAUGAAAAGCGGAAAAAACCAAGUACCGCAAAUCAGUCAGAGAAACAGGACUGCGCAAACUACAAAAUGUUCUUUAUCGUUUCUACGCUGGACUCAAUUCUCCUCAAAAGGUUAUCUGCAAAAUUGGGGAACGAGGCAAAGAAAUUGGGAUCGAACACAAACAUAGAAAACACGAACAUAGCAAACACGAACAUAGCAAACACAAACAUAGCAAACACAAACAUAGCAAACACAAACAUAACAAACACAAACAUAGCAAACACAAACAUAGUAAACACGAACAUAGCAAACACAGACAUAGCGAAAACGAAUGGAAGAAACAACUAG